UGAGAGCCGAGUCGGAGUCGGAAAGAGAGGCCGAUUGAUACUACGUUUAGUGGGCGACGCCGAACACACAGAAAUCAGAAAACGCCGCCGAAGAGAGAAUUACAGAACGCUUUGCUGCUCGGAAGUUUUCGCCGGGAACCUGAUUUUCGAAGAAUCGGGAAUUGGAUUGCACGUAGAAUCGAUCAAUGACACAAGAUUCAGAGAAGAGGUUCCAUUCCAUCAUGGACAAGCUCUUUCAGAAUGCACAAGCCACUCCCAACUCUAAUUCCACAUCUUCCCCGUCCUCCUCCAGUCCAUCCGGAGUACAGUUGUCGAGAGGGAAAAAACGCUCGUAUUCUUCGUCUGCUUUGGUGGUGGGAGAGCUGAGGUCAAAAGGUGAUGUAAUUGAGGCAUUGCAGAAGCAUUCAUCGGCUUCUGCUGGAUCCUCUGAUGCUCCGUUAUGCAGGCCUUGGGACCGUGGAGAUCUCUUGAAAAGAUUAACCACAUUCAAGUCGAUGACAUGGUUUGGUAAACCUAAGGUGGUAAAUGCAUUAAAUUGUGCUAGAAGAGGUUGGAUCAAUGUAGAUAUGGAUACUAUUGCUUGUGAAUCAUGCGGAGCACGUCUCCUUUUCUCGACUCCAUCUUCUUGGAAUCAGCAACAAGUUGAGAAGGCCGCUUUGGUAUUUAGCUUAAAGUUGGAUAAUGGGCACAAGUUGCUCUGUCCCUGGAUAGACAAUGCCUGUGAUGAAGCAUUGGCCGAAUUUCCUCCUACCCCUCCUCCAAUUUUAGUUAAUAGAUUUAGAGAGCGUUGUUCUAUGUUAUUACAUCUUUCAGCUCUCCCUGUUAUUUCGUCUUCAUUUCUCAAAUGGAUGAAGAGUUCCCACCUUAAGCAAUUUCUUGAAGAAUCAUCCUUGCAGGAAUUUGGUGAUGAUUCUCUGAGCAAAUCCGAAAUUGAGUACAUAAGAGAUGGACAUGACUCGGAUACUGCUAAAUUAUAUUAUCAGGCUCUAAAGAUAAUUAGCUUGUUUGGAUGGGAACCUCGUUCACUGCCCUAUGUAGUUGACUGCAAGACAGGGUCAGAUCAAUCUCUCAAGACAUCCACCAUUUUGGAUCCGCGUCCUGCUGUCAAUCUACACGCUGCUGCUACCAAAGAAAAUAAUAGAAUUGCUGAGAUUCCGAGUGAACUGCACUCUCAGCCCAAUUCUGUUGUUUUAGAUUGCCGUCUCUGUGGAGCUAGCGUUGGAUUAUGGACUUUUCAUACAGCUCCUAGACCUGUGGAAAUCAUCAGACUGGUUGGAUCCACUGAAAUGAACAGUGAGUCGGGCACUCAUGAUUCAGGAAACAAAAGUUUCUUCAUCAAUCAUGCAGGUAUCGGUAAUGUUGGAACAUCAAACGAGAGCAUAUCAAAUUUAACUUCAACAAUCGCAGGGGGUCCUACCCCAGCACGUCAGAGUUUCAAGGCCACCAUCACUUUGCCUGUCAUUGGCCAGAAUUUAAGGGCUAGGUUAUUCAAUGAUGAAAAAUUUAGUGAUCAUACGUAUAAUGACCAAGAAGACCAAGAAAUGGCUCCAGCCGAUUCCUUGGAUAAAAACUUGUUACAUGAUAGUAAAACCAAUGAAGAUACUGAACAAAUUGAUCAGCCAGAAGACAUAAGAUUGUUCCAGAAUAAAAAACUUGAUCAGGGGUGCAGUACUACUGGUGAUGAUCAGACCCCUUUAUUGGAAGGAACGAAUGUUACAGAGCAGGGAACUUUCCCUGAAUCUGGUUUGAAUGGUUCAAUUGAAGAAACUCAAGUAAAGAGCACAGAUAAUGUUCCUGUGCAGAAAAAUGAAACGGUGGAGAACGCUGAGAAUUCAAGACAGUUGGAUUCUGGUAACAAAGCAGCAGAUCUGCAUCCUGACCCUUCUUCUGUUGAAAACUCUUUGACGAUGACAGAUGCUGUUAUGAUCACAAGUAGUGAAUGCAGUGAAAAAGAGUUAUCUUCCCUUGUAUAUGACAAGUGUGAUUCACAACAGGUUUCAGAAAAUACUUCAAAUAGUAAAGAAACUUCCCUGGUAUCUAACAAGUGUGAUUCACAACAGGUUUCAGAAAAUACUUCUAACAGUAAAGAAACUUCCGCUGUACCUGACAAGUGUGAUUCACAACAGGUUCCAGAAAAUAUUUUAAUUAGUAAAGAAACUUCCAUUGUACCUGACAAGUGUGAUUCACAACAGGUUUCAGAAAAUACUUCAAAUAGUAAAGAAGUUUCUUUGGCUAACUUACAGGUGCUCCCAUCAUUAGUUGAUACAAAUACAGAUAUCACCGGUGAGAAAGAAUCUAUGAAAGAUAAACUUGGUUCUGAUAACCACACCACCUCAGGAAGCCAGGAUCCUGAAGGAGGUGAUGCCAAAGACAAAGCGCAUACCUCUGUGAACAGCGGGACCAACGGUGGAGCGAAUUAUCCCAAGGGUGCACCAUCGGAUAAUAUAAUGGAGUUUGAUCCAAUCAGGCAGCACAGGCCUUUUUGUCCCUGGACUGCAACAGGAAGUGUGGCACCUGGAUGGAAACAAACCCUAACUGCUUUACAUCGUGAUAAAAGCUCUUCACCACAUUCACCUAAGAACUCUCCCGCAGCGUCUCUAAUUAAGGUCGAUGACCCCGUUAGAUCGGUUCGAGAUCUGUUCACGUCUUCCGCGAAGAAAUUGAAAAGUAGUCUUGUUUCUAACGAGAACUCGAAGCACUAGACCGCGUUUGUCACAUAUAGAACCCCACAGAGCUUCCGGGAUUGGAUUGCUGCCUCUUCUAAGGUAUGGGAUACAUCCUCUGAAGAAGGAUUUUUCAUGCCAUGCCAUACCCAAUUGAGUUCCUUCUACAAUGAUGGCUCUGCUGUCAUUUCAUUAUCUGUUUGUUUCAAACUAGUUAUGGGAUUUUGUAAUAGUAUAGUUAAUUUGACUUUGCAGUUUUUUGGAACAUAGUAUUGAAGUUGGGAGUGACAAAAUGAAGGGCUAUUAACAUAUUAGACAGUA